AUCAGCAGCAGAAAUUAGAAUGUAAGCUCUUGGAUUGAGUGAAGCAUAUGCCACCGCGGCACAGAAAGCGAGCGAUUCACCUGAUACCGUCACUGCGCGGCCGAUGACAGACGGAAACAGAGACUUUUCAUCGGCCGCCCUGGGCACCAUGGCAGCCGCCUCCUGGGGGGCACUAACUUUUGCAAACCAUUAAAGGAGAUCAUUUGGCAGUGAUCCCAUCACAAGACUGGCGAAACCAAAACAGGGUUAGACUGGCACAACAUCCCCCGCUCACGCCAGAUGGAGGAGGCGGAGACCGCAGAUGGCAGUGAUGGCGGGCACAGGGUCUGGUGUGCGGUACAACUGUAAGGGGUGCGGUGAUGAUGCAAGAUUAAUGGCGGACCAUGAGCAGGAAUCUUUGGCGCAGGCGGUGAAGGCUCAGUACGCGGGCGGACACUCACCUGAGGUGGGGCACAUGGUGGUCUCCGGAGCAGCGGGCGCGGAUGUAUCACUGCCGCCAGCGCCGCCUCGGGUUUAUUUACACUGAGCAAUAAAUAAUUCACGGGGCCCCCGAGGGACACAGCAAAGAGCGAGGCGGGGGCAGGUGCCUGGUGAGAGGGCGGCAGCCAGAUCCUUUGUACACGUUAUCCAGUCAGAAGGACCAUGCUCAGACCGCGAUCAGAGCGCACGUGUCACAUGACCGGGUGGAAAAAGUUCCAGAGUUCCCCACAAUGUUCAGUGACUUGGUGCAUCAGCCGCCCUUCACCCUGCGCCUGCAGCUCAGAGACCCCGUCCCCCAAUUCAUCAAUCGACAGUGGAGGGGACGGGAGGAGCAGAGACUGAACGCCCUGCGCCGGCUGAAUGUAUCCCAGGCGUUGUCGUCCUUCUCCCACGCUGAUAACGGAGACGUCUCUGGUAGGAACAGAUACAAGUUUUUUGAAAGGCCGCUCAUCCCCUUUGCUCAGCAGACUGCGCCCAACGUGCUCCUGGCGGACUACAGCAGGGCGGAGGAGACCCCUCGGCCGCAGCGGGCGGUCGCGCCCCUGGUGCGCACAGUGGGCAUCCAGACUGACUACCGGGACAGCGAGGCGCAGACCGACCCCUACAGCCCAGAGUUCGUGGUGCAGCCAGGGUCCGUGCCGGAGGUCCUGAUGCUGGCGAACCUCACAUGGGGACGCGGGCUCCCGGCUGGGCUGGCCGAGGUGGAGAUGAUUGAGCGGGCGCGGGAGAAGCGAGCCUGGGAGGCCACCCUGCCCCCACUCAGCGACUCCUCCCAGCUGGAGAAGAGGAGGAAGAUGAUGGACGAGCAGGAGAGGAAGGAGUGGGCCUUCAGGGAGCAGGAGAUUGAGAAGUUACAGGCGGCGCGGCUGGAGGUGCUCAGGAAACUUCUCCAGAAACGGAAGGAAACCCAGAAGGAAAUGGACACGAAGAGACUGGACGCCAAGUGGACGAAACUGCAGCGAGACAAGGAGGAGCUCGCGGAGCGUAUCCGGAAAGAGCACGUCAGAGCCAUCAGGAAGUUGUCCCAGCAGAUGGGGAACAUAGAGAAGACGCUGGAGAGACGUGAUGUGAUCGGGGACUACACGGACUACUCCUCCCAGACGUACGCUCCGCUCUCUCGCAUCGGUUACUUUCCGGACAAGCUUUCGCAGCAGUUUAUGGUGAAGAGCCCCUUCCUGAACUCCUACCAAGGGUUGCUGGACCUGGAGGAGAAUCUCCCCGACUUUGUAACCCAGCCACGCAUCCGCGCCCCAAAACCCAGAAGCACCACCAAGGAUGGAUUCCUGAGACGCCAGGCCCUGCUGGAGCGCCAAAUGCAGCAUGUCCAUGAGGCUCUGCUGGAAAAGAAGAACAAAUCACAGCAAGCAGAAAAGCCCCUGCGCUUCCUGCAGAAGAUAGAAAAGCCGGCCCCCCGUCCUGCCACCCCCAGAGUGCCAGAGCCCCCUGAGGGCGACGAGGAGAAGGAACUGGCUGUGAUCUUCUUACAGAAGCUGAUACGAGGACGCGCGGUGCAGAACAUGAUAUUUGAAGGGAAGGAGAAGCAUCUGGAGCUUAUCCGGGAGCUGCGCACGACCCACGCCCUGCAGGAGGAGGGGCAGCUGCUGAAGAAGGAGGAGAAGGAGGCAACACUCGCCCUUCAGAGACAGCGGGAGCUCAGCGAGCACAAGUCCUCUGUAGAAGAGGAGCAGCUGUCACGGCUGGAGGGAGAGGUGCUCUCAGACAUGUUUGACUUCUUCUCCAAGGAGCUGGUCAGGCUUCAGGAAGAGCGCAGGAUUCAUGCCUUUGCUAUGCUCGCUGAGCGCCAUCGACGCAUCCGAGAAGCAGAAGAGAGUGGGAGGAGACAGGUGGAGGAGCGGCGGAGACGGGAAGAGGAUGAAAUCUUCAGGCAGGUUGUUAACAUUCAUCAGAGUACUGUGGACUCAUACCUGGAAGACGUCAUCCUCAGCACUGCCGUCCACACUGCAGAAGAUCAGGCCAGAGAGGAGAUCCAGAGGAAAGCACAGGAGAUCAAUGACAUUGCUUAUCAGAUGGAGAGCAGCCGCACCCGUCUUCAGUCGGAGGAGAUUGUGGCAGAGCUGGUUUACAGUUUCCUUAUUCCUGAGAUCCAGAAGAAGAGCGUCAGAGAGAGAGUGAGGAGCUCUCAGCGGAGACAUCUCCAGGCCGCACACCGCGUGAUCCACAGAGAUACCGAGACUCUACUGAGUGAGACUGCUGCCCCCGAACAACUCCCGGCUGAGAGGAACAGCAGAGUUGGAGAGAGCGACUCAUGAGUACAGACCCUCCGCAGUGUGCACGCAGCUCCGCAGACCCGGUCAGCAGGGGAUGGUCCCUCAUCCUGACCCCGGUCAGCAGGGGAUGGUCCCUCAUCCUGACCCCGCUCAGCAGGGGAUGGUCCCUCAUCCUGACCCCGCUCAGCAGGGGAUGGUCCCUCAUCCUGACCCCGCUCAGCAGGGGAUGGUCCCUCAUCCUGACCCCGCUCAGCAGGGGAUGGUCCCUCAUCCUGACCCCGCUCAGCAGGGGAUGGUCCCUCAUCCUGACCCCGCUCAGCAGGGGAUGGUCCCUCAUCCUGACCCCGCUCAGCAGGGGAUGGUCCCUCAUCCUGACCCCGCUCAGCAGGGGAUGGUCCCUCAUCCUGACCCCGCUCAGCAGAGGAUGGACCCUCAUCCUGACCCCGCUCAGCAGGGGAUGGACCCUCAUCCUGACCCCGCUCAGCAGGGGAUGGACCCUCAUCCUGACCCCGCUCAGCAGGGGAUGGACCCUCAUCCUGACCCCGCUCAGCAGGGGAUGGUCCCUCAUCCUGACCCCGCUCAGCAGGGGAUGGACCCUCAUCCUGACCCCGCUCAGCAGGGGAUGGACCCUCAUCCUGACCCCGCUCAGCAGGGGAUGGACCCUCAUCCUGACCCCGCUCAGCAGGGGAUGGACCCUCAUCCUGACCCCGCUCAGCAGGGGAUGGACCCUCAUCCUGACCCCGCUCAGCAGGGGAUGGACCCUCAUCCUGACCCCGCUCAGCAGGGGAUGGACCCUCAUCCUGACCCCGCUCAGCAGGGGAUGGACCCUCAUCCUGACCCCGCUCAGCAGGGGAUGGUCCCUCAUCCUGACCCCGGUCAGCAGGGGAUGGUCCCUCAUCCUGACCCCGGUCAGCAGGGGAUGGACCCUCAUCCUGACCCCGCUCAGCAGGGGAUGGUCCCUCGUCCUCACCCCGCUCAGCAGGGGAUGGUCCCUCAUCCUGACCCCGCUCAGCAGGGGAUGGUCCCUCAUCCUGACCCCGCUCAGCAGGGGAUGGACCCUCAUCCUGACCCCGGUCAGCAGGACACAGUUUAUAAUCUCCACCUCCGCAUGUUCUCGUCUUAUAAUUAUAUACGGCCCGGACUAUAAUAACGGA